AUGUGUGGCAUUUUCGGUUACGUCAACUACCUGGUGGAGAAGGACCGCAAGUUCAUCGUAGACACUUUGAUCAACGGUCUUUCUCGCCUUGAGUACCGUGGCUAUGAUUCAGCCGGUCUAGCCGUCGAUGGCGACAAGAAGAACGAGGUCUUCGCCUACAAGGAGGUUGGCAAGGUCGCUAAGCUCAAGCAGCUCAUUGAGGAGUCCAAGCCCGACCUGACCCAGAUCUUCGACUCUCACGCUGGUAUUGCCCACACUCGAUGGGCUACCCACGGCCCUCCUUCUCGCCUGAACUGCCACCCCCACCGGGCCAUUGCCAUUCCACCCACACAUCAAGCUGACUUUUGCCUUCCCGCUGCAGAUCCGACCCCACUUGGGAGUUCACCGUCGUCCACAUGGUAUCAUCACAACUACAAAGGAGCUGAGGACGCUACUCCAGCAGCAAAGGGCUUCAAGUUCGAGACCGAGACAAGACACCGAGUGCAUCGCCAAAGCUGGCGAGGUACCUGUACGACCAGCACCCUAACGUCGGCUUUCACCGAUCUCACCAAGGCUGUCAUCUCCGAGCUUGAGGGUGCUUACGGUCUGCUGAUCAAGUCCGUUCACUACCCCCACGAGGUUGUUGCCGCUCGCAAGGGUUCUCCUCUCGUUAUCGGCGUCAAGACUCAGCGCCGCAUGAAGGUCGACUUCGUCGAUGUUGAGUACUCCGACGAGAACACCGCCCUCCCCGCCGAGGAGGCUUCCCAGAAUGUCGCCCUCAAGAAGCAGAACGACCUGCUAAACCCUACUUCUCUGCUGGCUGCCCCUGACAAGUCCCUACUACACCGUUCUCAGUCACGUGCUUUCAUGACCGACGAUGGCAUGCCCAUGCCGACCGAGUUCUUCCUCUCUUCGGACCCUUCCGCUAUUGUUGAGCACACCAAGAAGGUCAUGUACCUUGAGGAUGACGACAUUGCCCACAUCCACGAGGGCUCGCUGAACAUCCACCGCCUCAAGAAGGCUGACGGCAGCUCCAACGUCCGUACUAUUCAGACCCUCGAGCUUGAGCUCCAGGAGAUCAUGAAGGGCAAGUUCGACCACUUCAUGCAGAAGGAGAUCUUCGAGCAGCCCGAGUCCGUGGUCAACACUAUGCGUGGCCGUCUCGAUGUUGCUAACAAGACUGUCACUCUUGGUGGCCUGCGCUCGUACAUCUCGACCAUCCGCCGCUGCCGUCGCAUCAUCUUCAUUGCUUGCGGCACCAGCUAUCACUCUUGCAUGGCUGUCCGUGGUAUCUUCGAAGAGCUUGCUGAGAUCCCGAUUGCCGUUGAGCUGGCCUCCGACUUCCUUGACAGACAGGCCCCCGUCUUCCGUGACGACACUUGCGUCUUCGUCUCCCAGUCUGGCGAGACGGCUGACUCGCUCAUGGCCCUGCGCUACUGCCUCGAGCGCGGUGCUCUGACCGUCGGUAUUGUUAACGUCGUUGGCUCCUCCAUCUCCCUCCUCACCCACUGCGGUGUGCACGUUAAUGCCGGCCCCGAGAUCGGUGUUGCUUCUACUAAGGCCUACACCUCGCAGUUCAUCGCCAUGGUCAUGUUCGCGCUGUCUCUCAGCGAAGACCGUGCCUCCAAGCAGAAGCGUCGUGAGGAGAUUAUCGAGGGUCUCUCCCACAUCAGCGACCAGAUCAAGGACAUCCUUACCCAGGACCAGGCCAUCAAGGAGCUCUGUGCCAAGACAUUCAAGAACCAGAAGUCACUUCUCCUGUUGGGCCGUGGCAGCCAGUUCUCCACUGCUCUCGAGGGUGCGCUGAAGAUCAAGGAAAUCUCCUACCUUCACUGCGAGGCUGUCAUGUCUGGUGAGCUGAAGCACGGUGUGCUGGCUCUAGUCGACGAGAACCUUCCCAUCAUCAUGAUUCUUACCCGUGAUGAGAUCUUCACCAAGUCUCUCAACGCCUACCAGCAGGUCGUUGCUCGCAGCGGCAAGCCCAUCGUCAUUUGCAACCCCAACGACGAGGAGUUCAGUGCCAGCCAGGCUCAGAAGAUUGAGAUCCCCAAGACCGUCGAUGCCCUGCAGGGUAUUCUGAACGUCAUUCCCCUCCAGCUGAUUGCCUACUGGCUCGCCGUCGGUGAGGGUCUCAACGUCGAUUUCCCUCGCAACCUGGCCAAGUCGGUCACUGUCGAGUAAGCAGAGCAAUGUGAGGUAGCAUCGUCGCGAUACAUUUGCUGCGACUCAUGAUUUUUUUCUCUGCCUGUCGCUUCAGCCAAAUUGGAGUUGGAGGACGUAAAAUAUGGGAUUACGGGGGAAGGGCCGGCCCUUAUUUCUCUCACGUUUGGAUGAGUUCCUUCGAUGGGAGGUAAUGUCAGGCGGCGCGAAUGCUGGCCAUGUUCAGCAUGUACUAGAGGAAAGGAACGUCACGAAAGGAUAUGGUCGAUUGAGUAUAGCGAAUUGAUGUUUUUUAGAUA